UUCCAACCGUUCCCUCCUUUCCCUCCUCUCCCACCUUUCUCUCCUUUCCCUCCUUUCCCUCCUUUCCCUCCUUUCCCUCCUUUCCCUCCUUUCCCUCCUUUCCCUCCUUUCCCUCCUUUCCCUCCUUUCCCUCCUUUCCCUCCUUUCCCUCCUUUCCCUCCUUUCCCUCCUUUCCCUCCUUUCCCUCCUUUUCCUCCUUUCCCUCAUUUCCCUCCUUUCCAUCCUUUCCCUCCUUCCCCUCCUCUCCCUCCUUUCCUUCCUUUCCCUCCUUUCCCUCCUUUCCCUCCUUUCCCUCCUAUCCAUCCUAUCCCUCCUUUCCAUCCUUUCCCUCCUUUCCCUCCUUUCCCUCCUUUCCCUCCUUUCCCUCCUUUCCCUCCUUUCCCUCCUUUCCCUCCUUUUCCUCCUUUCCCACCUUUCUCUCCUUUCCCUCCUUUCCCUCCUUUCCCUCCUUUCCCUCCUUUCCCUCCUUUCCCUCCUUUCCCUCCUUUCCCUCCUUUCCCUCCUUUCCCUCCUUUCCCUCCUUUCCCUCCUUUCCCUCCUUUC